AAGAUUCAAAUAUUUUACAACGGAAUUACAAAGUGAGUCGUGUCGUAGUCGUAACUAUCGUCAGAAUUGAUCACAAUCGUUAUGGUGUGAAAAGUAGAGAAAAAUAUUGGAUACUUCGAAGAGAAUAUAAUAAGAAUUGUGUAUUGAGGGGUAACACAUAAUCAAUCAUCAUGGAUAUGACCAUCAAUAAGAUUCUUAAAAGUUUAACGGAUGCUGCAUUACCAUCGACUAUUGAAGAUCUCAAAAAUCCAACACAAGACUCUAUUAUUAAUUUGUUAACGGCAUUUUUAUCACAAUUUAAUAUUGAUGUGAAUGUAAUUUAUCAGCUAAUUUCAGAACAAUAUACUGUUAUGACGUAUUACGAGGAUUCUGAUAUAGUUUAUCUGAUAAACUUACAUGCAGUUGUAACACAAAUAUUUAAUGAGAUAUUUCUAAAUGAUUUUUGUCUUAAUGAUAUCACCAAUCCAGGACACAAACGAUUUAAAAAACAUGCAAAAUAUAUUUCCAAUUUUGUAUUAUAUGCAAAUCAAAAGAAGCUAGAAUUUAGUGAGAAGAAUAAUCAAAUUGAAGUAAUAUCAAGGCAAUUAGAAGAACUAAAAGAAAGGAAUAUGCAAAUUGUGAAAUUGAUUAAGAAUAAUGCUAAGCAUAAAUCAAAUCAGUUACUUAUGAUAAAGAAACUGGAAAGUGAUAUACAACAUGUACUAUCAGAAACGGAAAUACUUAAUAAAAAGGAAUUGCAAAUUGAAUCAAGAAAAAAUGAAGUAGAAAAAGAAAAUCAAAGUGCCAAGGAGUCAUGUUGUUUUGUUAAAACAACAAUGGGAAAACUGUCUAAGAAGAUAGUUGAAUUACAGCCAGAAAUUGUAAAUUCACCAGAAGAAUAUCAAUCCCGUUUAGAUGAACUCAAGGUACAAUAUAAAUUAAAAUUAGAAAAGCGUGAUACAAUACAAGAAGCUAUACAAGAGAAAAAACAAUCCAUAAAACAAAUUGGAGAAAAACUAAAUUUUGUUCCAAAAAUGAAUGAUAUGUUCUCUACUUUGAUGGAUACAUAUAAAGAGCUGAUAAACAAGAAAACAAAAUUAGAUAAUAUUAAAAAGCAAAUUGAUUUAUCAAAUAAGAUAUCAAAUGAAUGGCAAAAUAAAUUAGCAAUGCAUAAGGAUCAAAUGAGUACAGAAAUGAACAAAGUACAGUUACAUCGUGAAGAAGAUAUUGUUCCAUUACUCAAGUUGCGUAACCAACUAUUGAGCGAGAAAGAGGAACAAAAAGCCAAAUUUGAUACAAACCAAGCUUGCUGCAAUGAGAAAUACUUAAAAAAAAAUCAAUUACAAACAGACAUUAAGAAAAAAGAGGAAAAAUUGCAGUUUUUAUCCACAAUUGUCAAGAAGUUUAUGAUAAUGAAAUUGCUAAAGGACAUGAAUUAUGGAAACAUUUGGAGAAAGAAUAGAAUACCAUUUAAAAUUAAUUUAUUUUUUAUUUACUAUUUAUUUACAUUUAUG